UCGGGCCCCCCCGGAGGGAGGCGGGGAAGGCGGCGGACGGACGGAGCGGAGCGUCCGGAGCUCAGAGCCCGGCCCGAGCCGCACCGAGCCCGGCAGGCAGCUGAAUCGGCCCCAAGCUGCUGCCAUGGGCACCAUGUGGGGGCUCUGGGCCCUCAUCCUGGUGGGCCUCAUUGGUGCCUGCAAUGGGAUGGAGAUGACAGCAGAGGAAGGAGCACCGUGCCCACGGCUCUGGGAUGAGGACCUGGUUGGGAACAAAUAUGAGAACGUGACGGGCUUUAACCUCAUUAAGCGCUUCGACCUGCUGAAGAUCUCCUCUGUCAAGAAAGUGCGUGGCUCUCGGGGCGCCGUGCUGCUGCGGCUGGGGGCCGUGCCGCUGGUGCAGCCCACACGGCAGGUGUUCCCCCAUGGGCUGCCCCCCGAGUUCACCCUCAUCCUCACCUUGCUGCUGAAGAAGAACAGCACCGGGGAGCACUGGUACCUAUUCCAAGUCGCCGACCGUCAUGGCUACCCCCAGCUCUCCCUGUCCGUGCAUGGUCCUGAGAAGAGCCUGGAGUUCCAGGCCAGGGCUCCGGGAGCCACGUUUGUCAGCACGGUCUUUACGGGGAAAGCCGUCUCGUCGCUGUUUGACGGGCGGUGGCACAAAGUGGUGCUGGCGGUGCAGAGCCGCGCUGUGUCCCUACACGUGGAUUGUGGCUCCAUCUCCUCCAAACCUUUGGCUCCGAGGCGGGCGCUGAGCCCUGAGGGCAAUGCGUUCCUGGGGCUGGAUGCGGUGCGCGGGACCCCGGUGCGGUUCGACCUGCAGCAGGCGUAUAUCUACUGCGACGCAGAGCUGGCCCGGCACGAGGGAUGCUGUGAGAUCUCAGCCAGCGGGUGCCAACCCGACGUGCCCAAAACGCGGCGUCAGGCGGAGCUGAUGCAGAGCAACAACCUCAUCGAGAUCUCCCCGCAGCCGCAGGGCCGGGUGUUCACACGCUGCUUCUGCCUGGAGGAGCCGCUGGGCCCGGAGCCAGUGAGAGAGAAGAGCAGCCUGAAGGGAGAUCACAGGGAGAAGGGCUACAAGGGGAUGCCCAGCGAGGAGUGCCCGCCCUGCCCACCGCAGAUGGCUCCGACAAAUGUGACACUCGGUCCCCCAGGUCCCAAGGGUUUGAAGGGAGAGCGUGGCCUGCCCGGCACCCACGGCACCAAGGGGGAGAAAGGCAACCGUGGUGCUGACUGUGUGCGCACAGACCCCAGUGGCCCCGUGCAGUGUGCCGAGGGGCCGCGGGGCGAGCAGGGGCAGCGUGGAGAGCGGGGGCUGCCAGGGGCGGCUGGUGCUGAUGGGCAGAAGGGCCAGAAAGGCGAGAAGGGUGAUGGGGGACUUCAGGGCAAGCCGGGCCGUCCGGGUCGUGAUGGCCGGCCUGGAGAGAUCUGUGUGGUGGGUCCCAAGGGCCAGAAGGGGGACCCAGGUCUUGUGGGACCUGAGGGGCUGGCAGGAGAGCCGGGACCACCAGGGAAACCAGGAGCACCAGGGAUUGGCUUUCCAGGGAAGCCGGGUGAUCCUGGUGGACCCCCAGGUCCAAAGGGAGAAAAGGGCAGCUCAGGAGCUCCUGGACCUGGCGGAUCUCCUGGGACACCCGGACCACGCGGUGUCCUGGGACCCAAAGGAGACAAGGGUGAGCCGUGCCAGCCGUGCCCUGCUGUGCCCAUGGGGAUGCUCAGCACUGAGGGGCUCCCUGGGAAGCCUGGACCCAGGGGGGAGCCCGGGAUACCUGGCAAGGAUGGAGUGUCGGACAGACCCGGCCCUGUAGGACCCAAAGGGGACAGGGGAGACCCCGGCAUCAAUGGGAUCAAAGGGGAGAAGGGAGACUCCUGCCUGUCCUGUGACCCCCAUGUCCUCGCUGCGCUGCUGCGGGAACCCCCCGAGGGGCGUGAGAGUGAACUGGGAUCAUUGGACAAAGCAAUCCUCCCUGGGCUGGCUGGAAUCAAGGGCGAGAAGGGAGCUGGUGGCCAGGAGGGACCUGCAGGCAGACCGGGGCUCCCUGGGAGCAAGGGAGAUCCAGGUGUGCGGGGGCUCAAAGGAGAGAAGGGUGAGCCAUGUGGGCAGUGUCCCUCAGCUCCGCAGGCACUGGAAGGAGCAGCAACAACGGUGGCUGUGCCUGGAGCACCGGGACCGCAGGGCAGGGAUGGUCCCCCUGGCAGAGCGGGCAAGCCUGGUGAUGCUGGUCAGAAAGGGCAGAAGGGGGACAUGGGCAGCCCUGGGGACCCAGGUUUACCGGGCACAGAUGGACUGCCAGGGCUGUCGGGUGAGCCAGGAAUCAGGGGUCCGGCCGGCCCCAAAGGCGAGAAGGGAGACGCCUGUGAAUCCUGCCCCACACUGCAGGGACAAUUCUCAGACGUCAUCGGCAUCCCAGGAAAACCUGGUGCCAAAGGGGAGCAGGGAGAACCAGGCAUAGGCCAACCGGGCAGAGCCGGGAAGCCGGGGCUGCCGGGGAUCCGAGGUCCUGCUGGGCUGAAGGGGCUGCAGGGUGAGCCAGGACCGCCGGGCAUUGGCAAGCCAGGACCACAGGGAGAGCCUGGGAGCACUGGGCAGCCUGGGACCCCUGGACCCCCCGGACCCCAGGGACCUCCAGGACUGGCAGCAGAGAAAGGAGCCAAGGGAUCUCCAGGGCUCAAAGGUGCCGUGGGUCCCCCUGGGCCACCAGGGACCAGCAUCACUGGGCCACCAGGCCCUGAAGGGCAGCAGGGGCUCCCUGGGGUGCCUGGCUCCAUUGGGAUGCCGGGAGAGAAGGGCGCCCGGGGUGAGAAGGGGGACCCCGGGGAAUGUGGCUGCCCCUCCAGCCCACGCCAGGACCCCAACCACUCUGGGAUGCCAGGAGCUCCAGGACUCUGGACCGGGACAUCCUGGCAGCCCCAGCCGGGUCCCCAGGGUCCCCCCGGUGCUCCUGGUCCCCCUGGUCCUCCUGGUGCCCCGGGUCGCCAGGGGGUCCCAGGACACAAUGGAUUGCCAGGGCUGCCUGGGCCGGCAGGAGACCUGGGGCCAUUGGCUGUCAUGGCUGAGAGGAACAUUGAGGUGCUGAAGAACAUCUGUGGGGACUGCGCCCAGCUGCAGGCGGCCUUUGAAGCACCCAUAAGCUUCAAGGGGGAAAAGGGAGACCAGGGCAUGCCAGGAGCCCCCGGCAACGAGGGCUGUGCACGUUGCUUUGCCCAGUUCCCAAGAGCUGAGGAGGCUCGGGGUGACAGCCCGGAUACGGACUGUGCAGGUGACCCUGGGCUCCCUGGUGCCCCAGGUGUCCCGGGUGAGAGAGGCGAGCAGGGCUUACCAGGACAGCGGGGACCCCCAGGGCCACCCGGCCCCAUUGGCCCCCCAGGCUUUCCUGGCACACCUGGCGCACCCGGACUGCCCGGUCUCCAGGGGGAGCGAGGCCCCGCUGGGCUGGCUGGAGCCAAAGGGGAGCCGGGACCCCCAGGACAGCCCGGCUACCCUGGUGCCACGGGACCCCCUGGCCUUCCUGGCAUCAAAGGUGAACGAGGCUACGUGGGCCCACCUGGAGAGAAGGGGGAACCGGGCCCCCCCGGCUUGGAUGGUCUCCCCGGUGCCACGGGGCCGGCGGGACCGAGGGGUGAACGUGGGCUGCCGGGCGGUGCUGGUGAGAAAGGUGACCAGGGUUUCCAAGGCCAGCCUGGCUUCCCAGGGCCACCUGGUCCCCCCGGCUUCCCAGGGAAGGUUGGCCCUGCUGGGCCUCCAGGACCUGCAGCAGAGAAGGGCAGUGAGGGUGUACGGGGGCCUACAGGGAUGCCAGGGCCCCCCGGACCCCCUGGACCUCCAGGCAUCCAGGGCCCUGCUGGCUUGGAAGGACUGGAUGGCAAGGACGGCAAGCCGGGGCUGCGGGGUGACCCUGGCCCCCCUGGACCACCAGGAAUGAUGGGUCCUCCGGGCUUUAAGGGCAAAACUGGGCACCCGGGGCUCCCGGGACCAAAGGGUGACUGUGGCAAACCUGGUCCUCCUGGGAACACUGGCCGUCCUGGGGCAGAGGGUGAACCCGGCCCCAUGGGACCCCAAGGCCGGCAGGGACCCCCAGGACUCAUUGGCCCCCCUGGCAGCCCAGGGCAGCCGGGUCCUGCUGGCCUCGCCGGAGUGGGACUGAAGGGUGAGCGUGGCUCAGCAGGGGACCGAGGUCUGCCAGGAAUGCCAGGACAGCCAGGGCCACCAGGACACCCAGGACCACCGGGCGAGCAGGGACCGGACGGACCCAUUGGUAAAGAGGGUCCCCCAGGGAAGCCUGGCACUGCGGGACCUGCUGGCCAGAAGGGUGAAGCCGGGACCCCUGGAAUGCGAGGGUACCCUGGGGAGAAGGGCCGUGCUGGCUCACCUGGGGGGCCGGGGAAGAGCGGCUCCAUGGGCCCCAUAGGGCUGCGGGGUCCUGCAGGUGAGAGGGGUCCCCCCGGCUCACCAGGACCUGCAGGCAGCCCCGGGCUGCCGGGACCCCCCGGGAUGAUGGGUGACGUGGUGAAUUACGACGAGAUCAAAAGGUUCAUCCAGCAGGAGAUUAACAAGAUGUUUGAUGAGCGCAUGGCGUACUACACAUCACGGAUGCACUUCCCAGUGGAGAUGGUGGCAGCCCCGGGCAGGCCGGGUCCCCCUGGCAAGGAUGGGCUGCCUGGACGGCCGGGACCCCCGGGAUCCCCAGGGAUGCCAGGGCAGAUCGGCAGAGAGGGGCGGCAGGGAGUGCCAGGCAUGCGGGGGGAGCCGGGAGCCAAAGGAGAGAAAGGGGAGAAGGGGAUGGGGCUGAUGGGGGACAGUGGCCCACCAGGACCCCCAGGUCCCCAAGGCCCACCAGGCUAUGGGAAGAUGGGUCCUCCAGGCCCCGUGGGGCAGCAGGGCAUCCCUGGCAUCCCCGGUCCCCCGGGUGCCACGGGGCCACCAGGCAAAACAGGGCACUGCAGCCCAGCGGACUGUAUGGGAGCUCUGCCCAUGGAGCAGCCAAUCUUCCAGCCCAAGAAUGCCAAGGGCCCCUUCGGCUGAGCCGGCCCCACUGCGCCCCACUGCUGCUCUUAUUCUUGCCCCCGUUUUCCAGGGGGCUGCGCUGGUCCCGGGGGGGGGGGUUGGGUGCUGUUUGGUUCCGUGGGUGGGUGGGUGUUGUAGGGCAGGUGGAUCCUGCCCAGCCCAAAUACAGCCGUGCUGCUGCCCCACAUCCCCA